UAUCGCGAGUGAAAAAAAAAAAGAAUAUGGAGAAAUCCCCGAUAGUAACACACCGUGCAACCCUCGACUACGCGCUAUAUCUUGCGAAGUACAUUGAAAGAAAUUAACUUACAAAAAUAAGCUAUUGAUUCUAAGAAUUAUUUUAUAUUUCAGACUUCUCGGGUUGUUCGAAAUCAACGAAGAGUCGCUUAGUAAGUACAUGGUGAUUACUUUAGUCCGAAUAUUCAAUUGGGCUGUAGUAAUGCUAACUAUUGUGGCGACUGCUGUCGAUUUCUUCAUAAAUAUUGACAACUUUCAAGAAGUGUCUUAUAAUUUGAAUUACAUGUUUCCAUUAUUGAUGGUGGAAUUCAAAUCAGUGGUGAUUUAUCUUCAACAAAAUAAAUUUCGACGACUUAUCGAUGAUAUUUAUGAGCCGAUUUCAUUGUUAAAGUAUUCUUCAGGAUUUAUCCGAUGGAUCAACGUGCAAUUGAUUAUCCUCCAAGCGAAUUUUCGUCAUUGCGAUGAUAUCACCACAUCCCGCGCCAGUCUUUCAGUAUCUCAGCAAAACUACAACAUCAUCCAGGCCUACCGAUUCUUAAAAGUCCCCGAGGAGCAAGAGAAAAUCCGGUCCUUUGUGCCUUUUACUCUCGAAGAAGCUAACGUUGCAGCCGAUUCAUUUCUUCUGAGAUUCCAAACUUGUGUCAUUCAUCAUCGACGGCUCAUCAACAAUCUCAACGACUGCAAUAGCUCUUUCAGCUUUGUAUUGUUUGGACAGAUACUUACAAGUUGUAUCCUUAUCUGCGUUGGACUUUUUACACUUGCUAUGGUGAGUAUUUCUUCAACCUUCUUUACAGAUAACUCCAUAUUUUCUAUCGAAUAUAUUCUUCUUUAGUCGAUACACAAAAAUAAAGUCAACUUCACAGACGUUGUUAUGUUGGGAUGUGGAUUGAUCCAAUUAUUUUACUGGUGCAUCUACGG